AUGGCCAGUGACUCAGAUCAAACCAUGACUACCAUCCUGAAUGAUUUAUUUAAUUACACUGAUUUGUGGGAGUUGUUUGAGGAUGAGUUUGCAAAUUUCACUGGCACGCCACCCACAGAAGGACAUCGUUAUAGUCCCUGUAAGAUGGACACUGAGACGCUCAACAAGUAUGCCGUGGUCGUCAUCUAUGCCCUGGUCUUCCUGCUGAGCCUCCUGGGAAAUUCCCUGGUGAUGCUGGUCAUCUUAUACAGCCGGGUGGGCCGCUCUGUCACCGAUGUCUACCUGCUGAACCUGGCCAUGGCUGACCUGCUCUUUGCCCUGACCUUGCCUGUCUGGGCCACCUCCAAGGCAAAGGGCUGGAUCUUUGGCACAGCCCUGUGCAAGGUGGUCUCACUCCUGAAGGAAGUCAACUUCUACAGUGGUAUUCUACUGCUGGCCUGCAUCAGCGUGGACCGCUACCUGGCCAUUGUCCAUGCCACACGCACGCUGACCCAGAAGCGGCACUGGGUCAGGUUCAUAUGUUUAGGCAUCUGGGUCCUGUCCUUGAUCCUGGCCCUGCCCAUCUUCGCCUUCCGUAAGGCUUAUCAACCACCCUAUUCCAGCCCAGUCUGCUACGAGGACAUGGGUGCCAAUACAACGAAGUGGCGGAUGGUGAUGCGGGUCCUGCCCCAGACCUUUGGCUUCCUCCUGCCCCUGCUGGUCAUGCUCAUCUGCUACGGACUCACCCUGCGCACGCUCUUUGCGGCCCACAUGGGGCAAAAGCACCGGGCCAUGCGGGUCAUCUUUGCUGUCGUGCUCGUCUUCCUGCUCUGCUGGCUGCCCUACAACCUGGUCCUGGUUGCAGACACCCUCAUGAGGGUCCGGGUGAUCGCGGAGACCUGUGAGCGCCGCAAUGACAUCGGCCGGGCCCUGGAUGCCACCGAGAUCCUGGGCUUCCUCCACAGCUGCCUCAAUCCUCUCAUCUACGUCUUCGUUGGCCAGAAGUUUCGCCACGGACUCCUCAGGAUCAUGGCCAUCCAUGGCCUGGUCAGCAAGGAGUUCUUGGCCAAGGACGGCAGGCCUUCCUUCGUUGGCUCUUCUUCAGGGAACACCUCUACUACCCUCUGAGACCGCACGCAGGGCUCCUCCCUUCCCUUCAGCAUCCGCCCCAAGCCGCAUGUCCUCUGGCUGCUCACAGCCCUGUGUCCAGGCAGCCCCCCAUUGUGGUUACAGGAAGUUGCUGAGGCCACAUCCUUACUAGGCCCCCAGCUAUGGAUUCGAAAGCCCUGGCCCCCACCUCUUAUCGUAAUUACCAUGUCAACUGCUAGAGCUCAGUCCAUCCUACCACUGAGACCACAGCACUCUGUCUUCUGGCAGACAUUCUUUGAAGACACUCUUUUAAGGGAUUACAAAAAGUUCCCACCAUUGGGAGGCAUUAGUGUCAAACACCAUUGGUUGCUUCCCCAACUCUCCCUUUCCUUGCCGGCUAACGAAGUCCACCUCCCUUGA